CCAUGUUUCUUUCUCUCAUCGAUGUUUCUCUCCCUUCCUCUCCCUUCAUCUCUCUCUGAAAAUCAAUGAAAACAUUUUAACAAUAAAAAAAGGGGGAAUUUUUAGGUGUGUCACAAUUGAAACCACACACAAUAAAAUUAACAUAGAAGCAAUUAGAAAAUCAAUAAAAGAAGAAGAAAAUAUGCUAGCCAGGAUGGUUAGUGAAAUUACUGUGAUUUAUUACUGACUUUGGCCCUGAGACUACCUAAAGAUCUAGCAAUGAGUAGAUGAUUAAAUGCAUUAUGACACAGCACCAUGACAAAUUAUGUAGUCUUCCUCAGGGUGAAUUUAUAACAAUAAGGAAAAAUGUUUAUAAUACAGUAUUAAGAAGAGAGAGGAUUAAAAACUAUAAAAUUAUCUCAGCUAUGCUUACAAAGAAUUGAAGAAAACAUAUUAGUAGAUAAUUCACCAGAAUAUUGACUAUGGCUAAUGACCUGAAGUAAUUUUUUUUAUAUAUAUUUCUCUCUUUUUAAUCAGAUAAUUAUCAUGAACACAUAUGUAAAAGUCAUCUUUUUAGUUGACCCUGAGCUUCCUAACAAAAGGCAGAAGGGGUUAUUUGAGGAAAGAAUUAUCUCAGUUCUUUAAAAUAAACUUUCUUGAUCCAAAAGGAUAUUGAGUGACAUAGUAUACAAACUUGAUAACGUUCUUCUUUUUCAUUUAUUUAAAUUUUUUUUCCAUCAUCAUGUAUCCCCUUUAUGCCCUCUCCCACCUUUCCCCCACCCCACAUGGCAAGCAAAUGUAGAAGGAGGACUCCUUCUGACUGUGUCUCAUGACCAUCCCUCAAGAGGAACCCCAAACAGGACACUCACUAAGGGCAGCGGCAGUGAGGGCUUGCCGGGAAGGGGAACUUAGCUCUCAGUGUCGCUGCAUUGGAUUCCAACGUAUCUGGGAAAAUCGGGCUGCGUGCGGUUGCAUAUUAUUUCUGCACCACUCUCAUUGCUGUCAUUCUAGGAAUAUGUUCCCUGAGAACCUUGUCCAAGCCUGUUUUCAGCAGUAUAAGACCACACGGAAAGAAGUGAGUCCUCCCAGUGAGCCAGGGAUGAAUAUGACGGGAGCAUCUGUCACGGCCGUCAUGACAACUGCUGUGACUGUUGCCAAGAAUGAAACAAAGGAAUACAAAGUCGUAGGCAUGUACUCAGAUGGCAUCAAUGUCCUCGGCUUGAUUGUCUUUUGCCUUGUCUUUGGACUUGUCAUUGGAAAAAUGGGAGAAAAGGGACAGAUUCUGGUGGAUUUCUUCAAUGCUCUGACCGAUGCAACCAUGAAAAUCAUUCAGAUCAUUAUGUGCUACAUGCCCAUCGGCAUUUUAUUCCUGAUUGCCGGAAAGAUCAUAGAAGUUGAAGACUGGGACAUAUUCCGCAAGCUGGGCCUUUACAUGGUCACCGUCCUAACUGGGCUUGCAAUCCACUCCAUUGUAAUUCUCCCUCUGAUAUAUUUCAUCGUGGUAAGAAAGAACCCCUUCCGGUUUGCCAUGGGGAUGGCCCAGGCUCUCCUGACAGCUCUCAUGAUCUCUUCCAGUUCAGCAACCCUGCCUGUCACUUUCCGCUGUGCUGAAGAAAACAACCAGGUGGACAAAAGGAUCACUAGAUUUGUGUUACCCGUUGGUGCUACAAUCAACAUGGACGGGACUGCCCUCUACGAAGCAGUAGCAGCUGUGUUCAUUGCACAGUUGAAUGACAUGGACUUGAGCAUUGGGCAGAUAGUCACUAUCAGUGUCACAGCCACAGCUGCCAGCAUCGGAGCUGCGGGUGUACCCCAGGCCGGCCUGGUGACCAUGGUGAUCGUGCUGAGCGCUGUGGGCCUGCCCACUGAGGAUGUCACCCUGAUCAUCGCUGUCGACUGGUUCCUGGACCGGUUCAGGACCAUGGUGAAUGUCCUCGGUGACGCCUUUGGGACGGGCAUAGUGGAGAAGCUCUCUAAGAAGGAGCUGGAGCAGAUGACUGUUGCCUCUGACGUCAACUUCACGAACCCCUUUGCUGUGGAAACCACAACACUCGAUAAUGAAGACUCAGACGCCAAGAAGUCCUAUGUCAACGGAGGCUUUGCCAUAGACAGAUCUGACACCAUCUCGUUCACCCAGACCUCACAGUUCUAGAGGAAGGACAUCUCUUAGCAAAUUCAAACAUUAAGGAAAAGAAGAACACUAAUGGCCAAUUGUACAUUUGACCUGAUUCACAGACCUCCAGACUAUUUCUAUAUUUGGAUUCGGAGCUUUUGCUCUCUCUGUUCUGGGACUUGGGGUUGGGGUAAGAGGAAAGGAAAUUGAUGAAAAGGCAAGCUAUAUUAUCUGGAGUUUUAAAACUUUACAAGAGACAAAGUUUAGAAAUAUAUAACAUAGCAGUUGUUGGAAUUAGGUAACAGAUGUGAAAGCGCAAUUGCUUUCUCACGCACAGACCAGUGUUUUGGGUUUUUAAAAAACUAUUCUGUCAGUGAUUACAAAUUUUUUACUCAGGCUUUCUAUUGGCAUGGAUUUCCUUUGAUGUCUCACGUUUUUUAUAGAUGAUAAUGCAUCCAAACCAUCCCCCUUCCCUAGUUAAUGUGCCAAACUGUCCAUUUUGAACUCAUCUCCAGCCAAUUAAAAAAAAACACUGCUUUGAAAGAAAGCAGAUCAACACAGUUCUGCAAUAACAAUUUUAAGAUGAGUGUCAGGUUUGUGGGGAAGGGAAAUCAUUUUUUUCAAAGUACUGUACUGGGACACUGGUAACUAUUAACCCAGUGUUCAGGGUAGAACUAGAUAAUAUAUAUAUUAUUUUCAUAAAAAUUGCCAGACAGAGAUCAGAAUGGAACAGUCAAUGUGAAAUAAAGAGCUCUCCUAAUACUUGAA